AUGAAGAAAAUUGAAAAAGAGAAAAAAUGUCCUUCAUCUGAAGGUCAUCUGUUUUGUAAAGGAGGCCGCCUUUGCUUCUGCACUUUUCCGUAUCGAUCAGCUCUGUGCUCAUUUCACAGAGACUGGUUAUUAACUGAGUGUGGUCAUUUGGAAAUAUUUCUAAAAGUCGUGUAUCAGGAGACUAAUCAGACUAUCACGUUAGCUGUAGAUCCUGAUGAUUCUAUUGCAAAUUUGAAGAGCAUAAUAAACGCCAAGAAAGGAUUUCCAGUGGACGAGCAAGGUAUCGUCUAUAAUGGAAGAGAAUUGGAAGACGACCGAACUGUCAGUGACUACAACAUUCCGAAUAAAUCAACCCUCAAUUUGGUAUUCCGAGUUAACGGUCAUAAUCGUAUGGAAGUCACAAUCUUAACAGAAGCCAGGGGACCAGAAGCUACGUAUACCCUAGCAGUGAGACCCACUGAAUCCAUUUUAGAGGUCAAGCUGAAAAUACGAGACAUGACAGGUGUUCCUCCUCACAAACAAAUUCUCAACUUUGCUGACAGAGAACUAGAAAAUACACGCAUUAUUUCUGACUACAAUAUCCGAAAUGAUUCAGUUAUUUAUUUGGUCGAAAAAAUAGAAGUGUGUUUGGUUUUUUCUUCAACGCAAGAAAGGAUGGCCUUGGAACUGAGGCCAAAGGAUACUGUCGAAAGUGUCAAGGAAAAAAUUCAUGCCAAAAUAAAAAUUUCACCGUACCGCCAAAUUUUGCAGUUUAAUGGUGAACUUCUCGACGACGUCCAUUCUUUGAAUUACUACAACAUUGAGAACAAAUCAACACUGUUCUUAUAUUUAGCAGUUGAAAUCUUUGUUAAGAUGUCAACUGGAAUAGACGUGAGGUUCAAGCUCAUUAAAAGUAACACUAUCAAAAAUGUAAAAGAGAGAAUUCAGCUCAGCCAAGAUAUCCCAUGCGACAUGCAACGCCUCCAUUAUCUUCGUCGGCUUCUAGAAGAUAAGUACACGUUGAGUGAUUACAGCAUUAAAAACGGAUCAGUCUUGGACUGUAAUGUAUUACUGAUAAGUAUAAAUGUUAAAAUGCCAAACAAAGAUGACAUCAGUGUAGAUGUCUGCCCAGAGGACAAAGUCAGAAUUGUAAUCGACAAAAUCCAAGCUAGAGUAGCGAUCCCAUCCGAUCAUCAAUGUCUCAUGUAUGAUGGCAUAAAACUCGUACACGGCCGUAUUUUGAGGGACUACCAAAUAAGAAAUGGAUCAAUCCUGAAUUUAGUUAAAUCC